GUACGAAGCACAUGAGAUUGGAUUCUUAAAUUUGAAAGGUUGUGUCUACUUAGUUGUUUCACCAUUCUGUAAGCUGCCGUACGUGGGUAAAACCAUGCGUAACGUUGAUGUACGCUGGCGUGAGCAUUUGUCUGCAUGUCGGAAUAAGAAGAAGUCACAUUUUCAUCGGUGGCUUUGCACUUUUGGCUUGGGUAACUACGUGCUGAUACCUGUGGAUUUUGCCGAGAAUGAGGAGCUUCUUGAGCUCGAAGCUGUAUACAUCAAGCAGUGGUCUCCAUUCCUCAAUACAAGUGGCUGUAAGCGGAACAACCGAGGGCGGGCGAAGCGACGCGUGGGGAAGAAAGAAAGGAGUGAUAAACUGGGAGGAACUAUACCUCGAGAUUGCCGAGUUGUCCGCUUUCGAUCCGAUGAGGAGACAUUCUCGCUCGAUCUCGGGCAAAUCCUGGCAACCAAGGAUAAGGCCGGAAACAUAAAAUUUGUGAUUGAAUCGAGUGGUGGGAACACCUGGGCGCAUGGUUGGAAGGCGAUUCGUCGGAAGUUUGGUGAAUCUUCGGUGAAGACUGCUGCUGGUACCGUACAUCUAAAGCUCUGCAAGAACAUCUUCGAGACAGGUGGAGAAGUGCAAAUCGAAUACCUCCGUGUAUGGAAAUCAAAGGGUGGCUACCUGAAACAGGUAUUGUUACAAAUUUUGAGGAACCCAGAGAUACUGAAACCUGCCCCCAAAGGAAGGGCCAGAAUCGACGCUCACAGUCGGAGAGAGGUCAACAGGGGCGUAUGUACACACUCGAGGAGAGGAGGAGGGUGGCUGAGAAAGUUUGACAGAGAAGCAGGAGGAGGAGGUCUUUUUCUGAAGCUCAAGUGUGAAAGAGCAGCACCCACUUAUCAUCAUCAGGCCGUUGUUCUUCCGUCAUGGAGGCUGCAGGAGCUCUUUCUUUUUCUUCCCGACGAGUGGACACGAUGAUGCUUUUACACUUGUGCCUCUCUGCUGCUUCUUUCUGGGUCGAAUCUGACGCUUGUGUCCACUGGGGUGAGGCUUGCGGACCAGCAUAUUGGUGCUGUGACAGAACACAAGAUGGGAAGACCCGAUUGGAAUGCCAGUGGGAUGGAGGCAGCUUUUGGUGUCAAGCCUCACCGUGUCAAUGCGGCUACGGUCCGUUGGGAUCGUGUCUUCCGUGCGGUAGUCUUGGCAACGCCAAGGUACCAAAAGUUUCCCUUCGUCGGAGCAUAGCCGCAUAGAUGGCUCACUGAUUUAGAGGCACCUCCUCCUCUCUCUAUUGAUCUAUCGAUUGAUUGAUUGGAAACAUUGAUCGAUUGACAGACUGAUUGAUUGAUUGAUUGAUUGAAUUGAUUCAUUGAUUCAUUGAUUGAAAGAAUGAUUGCAACAUGGAUCGAUUGACGGACUGAUUGAUUGAUUGAUUCAUUGAAUCUAUUGCUUGAUUGGUUGAAUUGCAUGAUUGAGAUCACAACAGGCAAGUAUACACCAAGUACUAGGAUGCAUGAUGGCUCUUGGUUCACUUGGUGUGUUGUAUUCAGCGUAAGACACUACAGCUUGUUUUGUGUGAGAGGGUAAGGCAUUGACUUGGCCUCGCGACGUUUCCGUAUGGUUUCAUUACGUAACCUUUAAUAGAACGCACAGGGUAAUCAUUAUGAUAGCUUCAUUUAUGGACGGAAAGUUGUGCCGAAUACGGCUAUCCUGACCCUGCGCUGUUUUCCUGCUUUGGUUUAUGUCAGUUUCCUCAAAUUUUAAAGCCAAGUUGGAUUUAAAAAAAAAAAAAAAAAAAAAGGCAGCUCAGACUCACAGUACAGUCCUUUCGGGGUAGACUGUCAGGACCCCUGCCUCUUGCUCUUUAUUUAAAUGAACUUCAAUUUCAGCC